AUGCAAGAUGGCGGCCGAGGCGUCGCUUGCGGGCUCGUAGCUUCUUUUCAUUUUAUCUUUGAAGGUGAAUGCUUUAAAGGUAUGAAUUUUGUUUGGUAAGAUUUGCGUAUAACCUCAUACAUUUAUUAUGCAUACAUGUUUCGACUCUAUUCAUAUUAAACUGCUUGUGAGUAAGUAAAUCCUACAGUCUACUCCCCAUAACUCGAACGUACCUUCUAGGGAAAACGAAAAAGGUUCGAGUUUAUAGCGGGAGUUCGAGUUGUCGGGAACUCGAAGCAAAUAACCAGAAAUAAGAAAAUGGGAUGGGGAAUGAAUGCAAGUAACAUGCAUUUAUAAAACAAUUUCAAUGUUUCGGACUGCAGUACACUUUUUUUUACUUGUCACGCAUGGUUGAAGUUAUGGACGGUAUGUAUUUCUCUGCAGCGAAACAAAAAUUACUUAGAGUUAGUGGGAAAUUCGAGUUAUCGAGGGUUCGAGUUACCAAGGGUAAAAUUAUAGUAAAUGUAUGAGAAAAAUCCAGGGGAAAUAGAUUCUGGUUCGAGUUAGCAAGGGUUCGAGUUUUCAGAUGCAGGAGUCGAAUGUAGUUAAUAUAACCACUAAGAGCUCAGAAGUUGUGACUCGUUAAAACGCUCUUGUGAAAAAAAAUUGGUUGAAAAAAUACAAAAGAAAUAUGAUAUGGGAGUUUUUAUAUGGAAAUGGUACCUUUUGUUUUGGUGUUACGUUAUUAUUAACAUAUGGAUUGUAAAUAGAUUUUUACUAUUUUUUUUUCUAUGCUUAUGAUAUGUAAUUUUUUUAUUUUCUCCCCUUUUUUACAUUGUAAAGUGCCACGAGCUCAGGAUAUGAGCACUAUAUGAAUAAAGUUAUUAUUAUUAUUAUUAUCAAUCCUUGUUGUCUAGACCAAAUUGUGUUUGUUACCAGUUUAAUUUUAUGUAAAGAACUAAAUGUUGGACAUAGGGUUCCUUAGUACCUGCAGGACUCUUAUCUGUGUAACCUUGCAAAUUAACGAUCAUAUAUACUUCCAUUACUUUUUAUUCCUGCAAAUGAUAUAAGUACAGUGGAGACUGCCUGUUGACUAGCUAGACUAGCUAAGCUCACUUAAAAAAACAAAGCAUUUUCCACCCUUAUUUUACCACUUUGAUUGCCGAUUCUUAAAUUUUCAAAGUUAAUCUGUCCCCCAACCCUGUGAGCAGAUGCUCUAUUUUCAUGAUAUACUGCUACAAACCAUCCCACUUUUUAUUUCAUGCAUGUGCAAAUUUUCUUACAUGAUUCGCAAGCAUACGGGUGCACACUAUAAUCUGCAUCUUUUCAAUUAAAGAUGUGCUCAGUCUGAAAUGCUACAAUUUGUUUUGAGGUUAAUAGCUGUGGAUGCACAUGUUUGAAGCAUAAACUUGCUACAGACUAUUAAACUAAAAAGGUUUUAUAUUCUUCUUCAUAGAGAGGGAAAGCAUUACUGAACACAGCACAACACGAACGUCAGUAGGGUGGUCUGUACCCAUGCAGAAAGGCUUGAUUUCCGCUGCUCUCUUGAUCCUCCUGAACAGCAUCUGGUAAUCAAGCCUAAUGUGCAGACUCAAAAACAAAAUACAACCACUACAUUCUUAUAAAAAGCACCCCCUGGAAUGGAAAUUCCAGGGAGGUGGGAUGUCUAAAACAAAAGUGCCCACCGUGGAGGGUAUGGAUAUUAUUAUUCUGUAUUGCCAAUCCUGAGCCAUCUACUCCUAGGUCUAGCUUAUCUUUACUGCUCUUUGUCCAAAGUGGUCCUUGGAAGACUUCACAGUUCAUCUGACUUUUUUAAUUUUCUAAUUGCAGAGACGAGGAGAAAGGACUUCCUGGUUAUUGACUUGAUUGAGCCCACAAAGAUGCUUUUAGUCUCUGGUUUGAAAUCUUUGCACACAGGCUUACGAGGCCUUGGGUUGUACCUGUUUGAGUUUCAAAAAUAUCCCUUGCGCUCUUUUCAAAAGUUAAACAACUCUUACAGCAUAUCAAGGACACCAAAGCAAAUUUAUGGUGAAGCCACGAAUCUUGGCAACAGUAUCUGCUUUGUAAAUCCUCCUUGCAAAUUCUCAACAUCUCAGUCCACAAACCAAUCUAGAUACAUCAGGAACUUGGAUAAGAAAAUAAGGGUACUAAAAACUGUAGAAGAACACCUGGAAUUGCUUAGGAAAUUUUGCAAGUCUGUUUACACUUCAGACAGAGUCACUAUACUUUGUAGGAUUGCUAAGAUCACAGAAGGAGAUAAAAGAGAGAGGCUUCUGUUGGAAGUGGAAAGAAGGAAGUCUCAGCGAGGGCAGUAUAGCGAAUACAUGGAAUCACUGGAGUGUAUUUCCAAAGGCAUCUCUAGAUGCAAUGCAUGGCAUCUCGCUAAUUUGAUGUGGGCUUUAGGGAAAAUUCAUGAGAAAGACCACAAACUUGUUGCACUUUGCGAGAGGGAGAUUUUGUUACGUGGCAUCACUUCUUUUAACAAUGCUGAGAUUUGCCAGAUCAUUAAUGGUUGUAAAAACCUUAACUUGGUAUCCUCGGACAUGUUUGCAAAAAUAGAGGAAACUAUUUUAAAUGAAGAUGCAAGCAUUCAUGACUUUGAAGUUUACGAACUAUCAGGAAUGUUGGCGUCAUAUUCUAAAACAGGCAACGGCUCAGCUAAGCUGUUUAAUACUUUCUUAAAGGAAAUUUUGUCAAGAGACUUGUCAAAAAUUGGCUAUCGCGCUCUAGCGGAAUUUGUAUGGUCAUUCGCGAAGAGAGAUUUUGUCGCUGACAGUUUAUUUCACAAAGUUGAAGAGGAAAUAAUAAGACGAGGUAUAUCAGACUUGGACAAUGCUAGUUUUUCUAAAGUACUCUGGGCAUUCACCAAAGCCGGUUGUGGAAGUAAGCGUUUAUUCUACCAUCUGGACAAUGAACUUGUCAGCAAAGGUUUAAAGCAGUUUGACAGUGGUGUGCUGAUAGAAAUCCUUUGGUCUUUUACAAAACGAAAUGCGACAGACGCCAGAGUGUUUGACCUUGUUGAAGAGGAAGUUUUAAACCUUGGAGUCCAUAAGUUUAAAACACACCAGCUUGUACGGAUUCUCUUCUCGUUUGUUUCUGCUCAAAGACACAAUCCACUCUUGGCUUCUGAAAUUGAAAGUGAGUUAUGCCUAAGAGAUAUUCUUCAAUUUACCAGCGGCGAUUUAUGCCAAAUAGCCUGGUCGCUUGGGAAAGCUGGAAAGUCAGACAGUAAGCUCUUUGAUAUAAUUGAGGCACAAAUAUAUCAUCGUGGUUUACAGGAGCUUCCCUUAAAGGAAAACCAUUUACUGAUGCUAAUGCGUGGAUUCAUUGAAGCCAAAAGAGGGACUAGGCGACUGUUUGAAUGUCUAACUCACUUUUUUACAGAAACAGAUUUCCGUUGUUUUAGAGAAAGUGAGAUUUGUGAGUGUGUUUGGUGUUUUUCUGAGGCGGGUUUUAAAUCAGGUGCACUUUUUGAUUCUUUGGAAAAAGAAAUCUUAAAUCGCGAUAAAUAUUUUUUUAGCAGCAGGCAGAUCGCCUUUAUAAAAGAGGGAUUUCAACGAGUUGGGAAAGGGAGCAGAGAACUUUUUGCAAUGUAA